AUGAGGUAACUGCAGAAGUUUCUGUUUGUAUCCUACUAUUCAAGUUUAUUUACUGUUAAACAUGUGUUCAUGGAAAAUGUAACUUUUUUUUUUCUGUAUUUUUUUUUUUUUAAAGGGCGUAUUUAAAGGAGUUUAUAUCUUUUGGCUUUGCAUGUUUUAAUUAUGACAUGUUACCUCUAACUUUCUGCCUGGUUAACAAGGACAUUUUAUAAUUUUCAUCUGUUUUGAUCCCCUCCCCUGUCCCCUUCACAAGGAGUAUUGGGCAUGUAUUUACAGGAUCCAUUUCUUUAUUUCUCAUUAUUCCAGUACAUCUUAAAAAAGGUACAGAAAAUGUAAUCUCAUGUAUCUCCAAUAUAAAUGUAAUUAUAGUACAUGUAGAUGUAGAAAUAAGACAGUUACUUCAUGUAUUGCUCUAGCACUUCUUAAAGGACCACUAUAGGCACCCAGACCACUUCAGCUCAAUUAAGUGGUCUGGGUGCCAGACCCAUCUAGUUUUAACCCUGCUGCUGAAAACAUAGCAGUUUCUUUGAAAGAAACUGCUAUGUUUCACUGAGGGUUAAUCCAGCCUCUAGAGGCGCUUCCGCGCUUCUCACUGUGAAAAUCACAGUGAGAAGACGCUGGACGUCCAUAGGAAAGCAUUGAGAAAUGCUUUCCUAUGAACUGUCUGAAUGCGCGCGUGACUCUUGCCGCACAUGCGCAUUGAAAGCUGACGUCGGGAAAGGGAGCAGAGUUCCCCAGCACCGAGGGAGCCUGGUGCUGGAGAAAGGCAAGUGUUUAACCCCCUCAGCCUGUGGGGGGCGCGGGGGGGGGGAUGGCAGAGAAGCGGAUAGACAUACUUACCCGAAGCUCUCCCUUGGAAGCUCUGCCAUCUUUGGGGUCUGUCUUUAGCUCAUGGCACUUUAUCAUCCAAUUGCCCUUGCCACUGUUGUACUAUUCAAAUGAGCAAGAGUGCAAAAUAGGUCUACGAAAAUGUUUGCCAUGAUUGUACAUUAUGUAUGUGCAUUAACUUUUUAUUCUUUUUUUAUUUUAUUUUAUUUUAUUAUAAAUAUACUCUCAUCAACAUAAAUGGGGCUUAUUUGCAUGUGCAUAGCUUCCCAAUUGCUUGAUAAUAAUUCAGAGCCAUGGGUGACAAAUGGCUUCUGUUCACUGGUUCACAACCACAGUUCAUAGUUUUAAAUGACCCUGCAUGUAACUUGGCAUUAUGUAUUUCAGAUGCUUUGAGUGUCCGUUUAAGAAUUUUAUUUAAUGGGAACUGUCACCUCCAAGGAUUUUCAAUAUUAUGUUUACUUCUUCCUUAUAUUUAGCGUUUACUGUUUUUGUGACGUCUGAAAAAUAAAAUGAAAUGUAGAUAUCCACUAAUUUUUCAUUGGAUUGAUUGCCUCCAUCUUGGCUAGCUGGUCAGUCAUCAUUUAAAAUGUUGAAGAAAGCAAAAAAGGAUUUAGAUACAACACUAACACAAAAGGUGGCAACAAACCUGCUAGAAGGAUACCCUAACAAUCCAACAGCGUAUAGCAGGUAAACAAGGAGAGAGGCAGAUUGCACCAAAACUACUAUAUACUUAUAGAUUAUUAAAUUUUUGAUACUUAAUAAAUGAAUAAUUUUAAAUUCACAAAAAAUAGUUCUUAUUGAAAGGUGAAUUGUUGAACAACAGGCCGUCUACUGGCUCAAGAUGUAUUUGCUUAAAGCAAUAUAGUCUCUUGUUGUAGGGUAUUGUAGAUAGGCUCAAACAGGAUCUAUAUUGGAACCUCAAUAUGUUUUGUGGGAUUUUCAAACCAUGUGCAUCAUAUAUGAAUACAAAAGAAAAUAGGACCCAAUAGUGUAAUUCGGUUGAAAUAAUCUUGGUGUAUGUAUAAAAGCGGGAUAAAAUACACUCACAAACAAGGAGCUUCCAAUUCAGCUCUUAGUAAUGGCUUAGAGUGGUAUGAUCCCCGCUCACCGAUAUAGCUUGAAAGGGGUAUUCCUCUGUAUUUUUCAACGUAUAUAUAAAAAUAAGACCAAUAGUGCUCUCUGUUUGUUUGAAAUGUGAAAUACACUCAAUAAGUAAAAAUAAAAUGUACUGUCAUUUAGGGGAGCAUAUACAUGCUCAUUGGUAACAGCUUGGGUGGUACAAUCCCCACCUGGGAUGUGUGAGUAAAUAUGAUGCAGUAGUGGCAGUAGGUAUUCAUAAUUGAGGUAGGAUGAUAGAGGUUAAAACCAAUAUACCAUAGAUUAAAAUAAAAUACAAAGCAGGACCAAAAAAAAAUAAAUUGAUUGAAUAGUAAAAUUUCAUUUAAUUAAAAAUUUAGAUAUUACCAAACAAACAAAAUAUAAAACACUUGGCAGUCUUUAACCCCUUCAGGACGGAAUCAAUAGUGCAUAUUCUGAUCAAAAUGUAAACAAAAACUGGAAUUUGCGCUAUAUAUCUGUUCAACCGUAAUUCACCGCUGUCACAUUAAGUGCACCCACACUUAUUUUAUAUCAUUUUGUUCAGGAGAAACAGGGCUUUAAUUUAUCAUUAACUAUUCAUAUAUGGAACAUAAUUUAUUAUGAAUAAAAUUUAAAACAAAUGUGAGAUGAGAUUUUUUUUUUUUUUUUUUUUAUUUGUAUUUCCGUCUGACAUUUUAGCUGUGACUGUCAUAAUUCUGUUAGGUUUUACUGCAAAAAAAUGCCCAUAUUUGUAAUCAGCGAUGUCUCACGAGUAAAACAGUACCCCCCAUUAACCCCUUCAGGGCGGGUGACGGACAAGGCCCGUCACAGAAGGGAGACCCUUAAUGACGGGUGACGGACCUCGUCCGUCACGCGGUAAAAUUAACCCCGGAUCGCGACGAUCGCGGGGUUAAUGGUGCUCCUGGUAUGCCUCUGCAUUAGAGGCAUACCGGGAGCACCCGGUCAGGCUGCCCAGCACAUGUGCUCGCUCUGACCGCAAGUCAGAGCGAGCACAUGUGCUCUGUAUACUCACCUACCGGCUCCCUGCACUUCCGGGUUCUGUGUGAAGUGCAGGGAGCCGGAUCAGUGAUGAUCCUGCCCCGAGCUGGAAAAAAAAAUAAAGUUAAUUUAAAGUCCCCCCCUUUACCCAUUUUAAUAAAAAAUUAACCCAUUCCCUGCCAAUUGAUCACUGACUACAGUGAUCAAUUGGCAGGGAUUACAUUUUACUAUGAUCUGAUUUUUUUUUUUUAACCCUCAGGGGUUAAAUUAAUUAAAUGAAUUAAUUAAAUUAUUUUUAAAUUAUAUAUUUAGAUAGCUGGGGUGGGUGGAAGUUAGUGGGGAAUUGUGGGAUUUGGCGUUAGGCUAACUAGGGGUUAACGUUAAAAUUUUUUUUUAAAAGAACGUUUAAAAAGUUAAAAAUUAAGCUUAAAAAAUUUUUUAAUAACAUUUAAGUUAAAAAAACAAAAAAAACACACUUUACCUAGUCCAAAUAAAAAUUAACCCCUUCCCUGCCAGUCGAUCACUGCCUACAGCGAUCAAAUAGAGAUCACAGUAUUAUACUGUGAUCUAAUUUUUUUUAACCCCUGAGGAUUAACUUUUAUUUAUUUUUUUAACCCUCAGGGGUUCAAUUUAUUUAAUUAAUUAAUUUAAAUAUUUUAUAACUAUAUAUUUUGCUAGCUGGGGUGGGUGGGAGUUAUGGGAAAAUGGGGAAUUUACUGUUAGUGCUGCGUACUGCUAGUUAGGGGUUAACGGUAAAAAAAAAAGCUUAGAAAAAUUUUAAAUCUGUAAAAAAGUUUUAAGAAAGUUUAGGAAAGUUUAAAAAAAAUUUAUAAGCAAAACAAAAGUUUAAAAACUAGUUUUUAAAAGUAAAAAAGUUAUAAAAAGUAAAAAAAUACAUUUUAAAAACGCUCAUUACCACUACACCUGGAACAAACUAGAGAAAAAAUUAUCCCACGCCAAGGUUCAAAAUAUGCCUUUUGAAUUACCCCAGGGUGUAUUCUUUAAUAAAUAGUAUGUGUUUGUGGGGAAGUUUCAAUAACCAACCGUCUAAACUACUCCAAAUUGGAACAUGGACACAGCGUAAAACUUCAAAGUUAGAAAAAAACUGAAUGGCUGCGUCUCAAAUGCGCCCCUUCAACAUCCACAUAUACCUGGCAAAGGUACAUACGGGGGUAUUGCUGUACUCAGCCGACAUAGCUGAGCAACAUAUGAAGUAUUAUACAGUCAUAGUACACAUAAGGUUUGCAAAAUAUGCUGCGCAAACUCACUUUGUAUGUCAAAAAGGCAGAAAAAAUGCUUAUUACCACUACACUUGGUACAAGCUAGCGGAAAAAUGAUCCCACGCUAAGGUUCAAAAUAUGCCUUUUGAAAUACCCUGGGAUGUCUUCUUUAAGAAAUGGUAUGGCUUUAUGGGGAAUUUGGAUUAUAUAGCCUGGUAAAAUACUCUAAAAUGGGACAUAGGCACAGCAUAAAAAUUCAAAGUUUGAAAAAACUGGAAUGGCUGUGUCCCAAAUGUGCCCCUCCGAUGUCCACACAUACCUGGCAAAGGUACAUACGGGGGUAUUGCUGUACUCAGCCGACAUAGCUGAGCAACAUAUGAAGUAUUAUACAGUCGUAGCACACAUAAGGUUUGCAAAAUAUACUGUGCAAACUCACUUUGUAUGUCAAAAAGGCAGAAAAAACGCUUAUUACCACUACAUCUGGUACAAGCUAGCGGAAAAAUGAUCCCACGCUAAGGUUCAAACUAUACCUUUUGAAACACCCUGGGGUGUCUACUUUAAGAAAUGGUAGGCCUUUGUGGGGUAGUUUGAAUUUAAAACCUGCGAAGAUGCUUGGAAAUUGCACAUAGGCCCAGCGUCAAAAUUCAAAGUUUGGUAAAAACGGAUAUGGCUUGGUCUCCUAUAUGGCACUGUAGCUUCACAAAAUAGUGACAAAGACAUUCAUUGGGGGUGUAUUUUUACUCAAAAGACUUAGCUGAGCAUAAUUUGGGAGGUUUGAACUUAGUGGCACAUAUGAAAUAUACAAAACGCCCAGCAAAAAUGCAAUCCGUAUGUAAAAAAUGCACAAAAUAAUUUUUUUACCACAUACUUUGGCAUAUAUUGGUGAAAAAAUGGGGGUAUGUUAAGGCACAAUAUGCACCUUAUGAGAUACCCUGGAGUGUCUACUUUUACAAAUGGUAGGCCUUUGUGGGGGUUUUUUGAACAGUCAAACUGUUAUAAUACCCCAAAUGGAAGCUAAGGCUCAUUAAAUCCAUCUCUCAAAAUUCUACUGUGAAUACUGUAAAGGACAGGUCUCCUAUAUGGCACUGUAGCUUCACGAAAUAGUGCAAAAGACAUACAAUGGGGGUGUCAUUUUACUCAGCAGAUGUAACUGAACACAAAAUAAAACUUUGUACAGGAAUAGCACACACCAACUUUACAAAAUAUACACGAGAAUUUCUCUGUUAUAAGUUUGUGUGCCAAAAACCAAAAAGAACACAAUUUUACUCCAAUAUUUAGCAGAGGUUGGCGGUGAAAUGGCUACGUAGAAAGUGUCAAAACAACCUUAGGUAAAUAGCCCGUGAUGUCUACUUUAUAUAAAUAUAUACUUUUGUGUGGCAAUUUUGUUUUCUUUUAUGGCUAUUAAGCUUACAAGACAAACAUACCAAAUUCUAAAAUCGCUCCACAUUAAAAGUUUAUUUUACUCCUUGUGCUUUGUGACCUGCAACUACCAAAAAAAACUUAAAAUUCCAGACACAUUAUAUAUUCUGUAAAUCAGAACAAAUAAAUAAAUUUAUUUUUAAUUACUUUCCUUAACCUGCACUAAUUAUGCACACAUUAUUAUUGCAAAAACUGUAAAAAAAAACAAACAAUAUUUUUCAUUUUUUUUGCAUUUUUCUGUAUUUUUUUUUAUAAUAAGUAAGCAUUUAUAUAUAUGUAUGUUAUAUCAAAUUAAAGCCCUUUCUGUCCUUUAAAAAACAGUAUAUAAUAUGUGUCGGUGCAAUAAAUGAGAGAGAUGCAAAUUGCAGUUGAACGCAAACAGCAAGAAAAUGCAAAAAUUGCUUGUGUCAUUAAGCGUAAGUCAAGCUUCUGAAGCUGUGUCCUUAAGGGGUUAACAGGUUUUAUGGUGUUUUGGAAAGUUAAAGGGUCAAAUCUAGAACGUUCCAUUUUCACAUUGAAAUUUGCCAGAUUAGUAAUGUUACCUUUGAGACGGUGUGGUAGCCCAGGAAUGAGAAUUACCCCCAAAAUGGCAUACAUGUGAAAAAGUAGACAACCCAAGGUAUUGAAAGUGGGGUAUGUUUAGUCUUUUUUAGUAGCCACUUAGUCACAAACACUGGCCAAAGUUAGCGUUCAUAUUUGUAUGAAAAAAAGCAAAAAACUAAUAUUUGGCCAGUGUUUGUGACUAAGUGACUACUAAGAAAGACUGGACAUACCCCACUUGCAAUACCUUGGGUUGUCUACUUUUGCAAAUGGUAUGCCAUCAUGGGGGUAAUUCUCAUUCUUGGGCUACCAUACGCUCUCAAAGGCAACAUAAACAAUCUGGCAAAUUUCUAUGUCCAAAAAAUGAAACGCAAGCCUUAUAUGUGACUCUCUGACUUUCCAAAACACCAUAAAACCUGUACAUGGGGGGUACUGUUAUUCUUGGGAGACUUCACUAAACACAAAUAUUAGUGUUUUAAAACAGUAAAACAUAUUACAACAAUAAUAUAGUCCAUACAAGUUCUGUUCGUUUGUUUAAAAAAAUAAAACAAAUAAAAUCGUCACUUUUACUUAAAAUAUCAUCGUUGUAAUACAAUUUACCAGUUUGAAACACUAAUAUUUGAGUUCAGCGAAGUCUCCCGAGUAAAACAGUACCCCCUAUGUACAGGUGUCUUGGAGAGUUACAGGAUCAAAUAUAUAGUGCUUGCGAAUUAAAUUCUCUGCACUUUCUCCCUGUGUUGUCAGGCAUGUCAAUCAAAUUUUAAUUAAUCAAAUCACAUAACUAUGGUAAAAGAUUACUUAAAUAUACACGUAGAAUUUUAAUAUAUAUGCAUUUAUAGGUAUUUAAAUUCUACGUGUAUACUAAUGUAAUCUUUUAUGCAAGUGUGUGUGUGUGUGUGUGUGUGUGUGUGUAUAUAAUUUUUUAUUUUUUUUUAAUUUAACACGUUUUAAUUAUUUUUAUUUUUUUUUACUUUCCCACCAGCAGGGGGACUGUCUGAUAUUUUAGACAGUCCCCCUGCUGGCAGAUCCACAGCCAGCUAUAGGGGGCCAUGUGAUCGCUCUUUGAGAGCGAUCACAUGGCCACCGGGGGCCUCAUUUGCCGGGGGAGGGCUGCCUGGGGAGGGCAGCCCUCCAGAAAAGGAUUGCGGCGGAGGUGAGUAAAUUGGAGCUCCAGGGGCUGAAAGUCGUUAUGGCGUUCUAUGCCGCCGCAACGGCUUUAAAGCCCUUUUAAUGCGGGACGGCAUAAAACGCUGUUACGGCGUUAAGGGGUUAAAAUCACAAGUUUCGUCCAAAUGGCUUUUUCAAGUGAUGAUGGUGGAGGUCCUAAGGCAACCUAAGCCGCAACUCCCCAGUGUGCCGGCUGUGAAGCUUUAUGGGAUCAGCAGUCCAUUAGACCAAUACUAUGUAUUUUGUGUCUCCACCGUGACGGGCAAUCUGAGUGUGAUCAAGGUGUGAGCAUCCCGAUCCUACUAUGCCAUCCGUGCCACUGGUGCCACAGAUAUAAAUCAAUCGCAUGAACUAAGAUCAUUACUCUUUUUUAAAAACCAUCUCAUAGCCGGUGGGCGAGCAUGACAGUCUGAAAAAUGUUACCAUCCACCUAUUGCGAGCCCUAUACGUGACCAAGUGUUCGCGACCCACCCCAUUAUAAUAAUGGUAAUUACCACAUGUGUUUAUUUUAUAACAGUGAUUAGUUAUUUAUAACUACUCCAAUAUAUUUUGUAUGUUUUUAACUUUAUUGUAUUGAUUUGCUAUAAAUGAAUCACACGUGUGUUUUACUAGUCAUGUGACCCAGAUGAUAUCACCACACCCUUUUUAAAUUGUUAGUAGUUUCAAAUGCCCUAUAAAUAGAGCUCCAUGCAGGACCUCCGCCAUCAUCACUUGAAAAAGCCAUUUAGGCGAAUUAUUUUAUGUAAAAAAAUUUUUUUUGUUUAUUUAUAUUUAUAUAUAUAUAUAUAUAUAUAUAUAUAUAUAUAUAUAUAUAUAUAUAUAUAUAUAUAUAUAUAUAUAUAUAUAUAUAUAUUAUAAUUAUUAUUAACUUUUUUUUCUGUUUUAUUUUAUUCUAUGGUAUAUUGGUUUUAACCUUUAUCAUCCUACCUCAAUUAAGAAUACCUACUGCAUCAUAUUUACUCGCAUAUCCCAGGUGGGGACUGUACCACCCAAGCUGUUACCAACGAGCAUAUAUAUAUGCUUCCCUAAAUGUGAGUAAAUUUUUUUUAUUUUUUUUAUUUAUUGAGUGUAUUUCACAUUUCAAACAGAGAGCACUAUUUGUCUUGUUUUUAUAUAGCUGUUAAAAAAUUCGUAGGAAUACCCCUUUACAGCUAUAUCCAUGAGCGGGGAUCAUACCACUCUAAUCCUUUACCAAAAGCUGAAUUGGAAGCUCCUUGUUUGUGAGUGUAUUUUAUCUGCUUUUAUACAUACACCAAGAUAAUUUUAACCGAAUUGCACUAUUGGGUCCCGUUUUCUUUUGUAUUUUAUAUAUGAUGCGCAUGGUUGGAAAAUCCCACAAGAUAUAUCGAGGUUCCAAUAUAGGUCCUGUUUGAAUCUACAAUACGCUGCAACAAGAGACUAUAUUGCUUUUUGAGCCAGCAGACGGACCCUUGUUCAGUGACUCACCAUUCAACAAGAACCAUCUUUUGUGAAUCUAAAAUGAUUCAUUAUUCAUUUAUUAAGUAUCAAAAAUUGUAUAAUCUAUAAGUAUAUAGUUGUUUUGGCGCAACCUGCCUCUCUCCUCAUUUAUCAUCAUUAAAAUGUUGCUCUUUUCUGCCAUUAAACAUUGUUCUUGCAAGAGGACAAACAAAUAUGUGUCUGUUCUCUUUUUUUAAAUUCUGUGUCCCUUUUAACCUGGAUUUAAAUGGAUUGUGAUGCCUUUGCUAAACUUUUAAUAUAAAUGUAAAAGAAAAUAGAGAAUUACGUUUGAAAACAGUUACCACAUGUUUUAGGUUAUUUUAAAUGUCAUGUUCAGUGUUGUAAUUUCCAAAGGAGUGACAAUACCGAUUUUAGAGUGAUAUAAGAAGUCUCAUUGUUCAAUUAGACUACACAGAAUAAGCCAUACAAUCAAGCUCCUUAAGUGAUAUGAUAAAAAAGGAUCAUAAUUGCUUCCAUCAUGUUAGUUCUGCACAAAUAUUGAAUUUUUCUAUGCAAAGUGAUAUAUUCACUUAUUUUUAUGUUUAAUGUAUUUGCAUGUCUAUGUAUGAUAUACUUUGACUGGGUACAACAUAAGCGUGUGUUGUCUGCUUAUGUUUAAUAGCUAAUAAUUUCUUGGCUUUUUUUUUAUUUCUAAUUCCUGUUAUAUUGAUAAUUUUGUUUAGUAAAAAUGUGAUACACAUUUUUCUAAUGAUAUGUUGCACCCCUUCGUGUACAUCCUAUAUGACUUAUUUAAUUUUUGAUAACAUGCGAACACAUUUCUUUUUUGUAAUAAAUAGCUUUAUUACCAGUUUACCAAAAACAUUUUCUAAUAUUAAUGUUUGUUAUAGUUGCAGUAGUAUCAAAGGGCUGAACCAGAUUGCAGGGUAACUAACUAAUUUAUAUCCCUUGGCAAUGUCUAUAGGUUACCCACAAAAUGAUGAUGUAUGAGUAAAGUGUGUAUGCUUAUUGAUUUUAUAUUGUAAGGACUGCAUACAAAAAUAUGUAGCUGAUAUUGCUGCUUUCAAUUGGCUCCUCUAAUUUUACACAAAGAAGAUAUUAAUAUGAACCUACAUAUGUUUUAAACAUCUGGUUCACAUACGCCUUGUAUAGCAUAAUUAAAAAAAAACAACUCCUUAACGGAAAGUCAGGUUUGAAGACGUUCGCGAUGCUGAAGAUGCCCUUUAUAAUCUUAACAGAAAAUGGGUUUGUGGCCGUCAAAUUGAGAUCCAGUUCGCUCAAGGUGAUCGGAAAAGUAAGUACUUUGGAAUUACAAAUUUAAACAAGGUUUAUGA